AUGCCUCUCCUUUGGCCUCCCUCGGCCAGAACUAGCUCCCAUCACAGCAGCACCCCGUUCAGCAAGCUGUUUGGGGAGCGAUCAGGCAAGAGGGUCUGGGGUCAGUCCGCCUGGGGUCUGUGGUCGCCAGUCUCCCCGGUGCCGGGUCCCAAGCAGCACGACGACGUUGUGGAUGUCGACCUCGCGGUGCGCCUGUGGAGGCUGGCGAGGAGUGCGGACGGCAGGGCCGAGGCGGCGGCGCUCUGCAAGGUCCAGUGUGUGCCGGAGGUGGUCCUGGCCUGGGGUGGACCGGGCGUCAUGCUCACGUCCAUGAUGUACCGCUUGGCAACCCCGUUCUCCUGGCGAAGAAUGCCCCGGAUGUUGGACCGACCGGUGGCGUCCAAGCCUGUCAAAGACUGGGCCUGCUCGCCAACGGUGCUGAUGUGGGCCCCCGGCCAGAUGUUGAUCUUCACCUCGCCGUUCUCAAGCGCAGCAGUGCAUCCGAGCACAGCGACGCCAGACCCCGGGCGCACGUGGGCGAAGUACUCGUGCGCCUUUUUCCACACGGCCACCACGAUCUUCCCGCCGCCAGUAUCCGCGAACUCCGCUUCGGCCACCAUUGGGAGGCUGCCGUUCUUACUGAUUUGCUUGGGAGUGGUGAUGCCGAGGAACUUGCCGCAGAAGUCGAAGCGUCUGUCUGGGCGCUCGGCCCGCAUCCCGCAGCUGGUGUGCCUCGAGAAGCUGGGCCUGGCGGCCAGUGCCAUGCGAGCGGAGGCGACUGAGUUUAUCCCAGCGCCGUUCAACCCGGUGUGCCAGACCUAUUCCGGUUCCAACGCAAGCACCGCCCCCCCGAGCCCCAUGGGCAGCAGCCUGAGCAUUUCCUCGGGUGGCUCCCUGGCGGUGGCCUCCGCCCGCCUGCCCGCCGCCGACCUGUCCGCUCUGCUGCUGUCCCAGGCCACCCCGCCUCCGCCGCCCGGGCUGGACGUCCCAGCGGCCCCGCUGGCUGGGCUGCGCGCCAUCGAGGAGCCGAAUCCCGCGGAGGAUCGAUUUCCUCGGACGCCCACAGGCGGUGGACAUGCAUAUGUUCGGCUGUUCCCCAGGAGGAGGUGCUCGGCCGCCCCUUCGAGCCCUGGUUCGUGAGCCUGCCCAAAGGGACCCGCAAGAGGACAGC